AUGCCAAUUGCUCUGGACAAGGUCAUCCUCUCAGGUGCUACAACAAUGCUUCUGAGUGGUCAUGUGCCAGAUGGAAGGUUGAGUGGUAGUGCUGAAGCAAAACCCAUGGGUUCUGUGAAGGAUGCAAGAGAUGCAGCCAAGCAGGCCCUCCUGGGUCAUCUUUCCAGGGUUAUUUCAGCAUUGGCAAAGCUGUUGAUACACUCAGGAGAGAAGGUGAAAGAGAAGAUCAUUGAGAUCCUGAAUCCAAUUGCUUCAGUGAGUCAGGAAGCUUUCCUAACAGCUCUUGCAAGUGUUUGGAGUGCCACUCGGAUACUAUCUGUCAUUGAAAAUAUUGCUGCCAUUGGUGCCUCAUGUUUAGAACAAAAGAGUUGGUUUCUUGGGAAGAACUAUCCAUCCAAGGCUUCCAGUGGACAUUGUCAUGGGUUUACAGAAAAGGACAAGGCAAGCCUUGAAGCUCUCCAUGUCCUAGGUCAUCACAUUGCUUCUUUCCUGGACAUCAUAUAUCAGAAUGAGGAAAAGGAACGCAUGGUUCCACUCCUUUCAAGUGUUGUUGCUUCUCUCUUCCCUUAUCUGCACUCACAAUUAGCUGGAGAAUUAUGGAGGCAGGAAGUGAGUCAGCUUCUUGCAAACUUGAGCAACUACCAAGGAACAAGAAAGGCAUGGCGGAAGGAUACCAUUGAACUUCUUCUCCACCCUACUUUCUUUACACCGCACAGACCUAUUGAUACUGUCUGCUUCCUUUCGUGUGGGAUCUCAGACUGCAAGAGAUCAUCCAAUGCACUUCCUCUGGAUAUAUGGAUAGACGUACUGGACAUCUGGACGAAAUAUGCAGUACAUGAGGAGGCCGUGCAUGAGGGUCGAGCAGGAUCUUCACAGGGGAGUUCACUUAACAUCUUCACUUCACGUGAAUCAGAGGAAGAAGGAAGAGCAUUCUUCAUCAAACGCCUGGCUUUCAUCAUCUUCUCAUCAGAAAGGGACCAAUUUCAUCUGCUCUUGCCUUCUUUACAAGAGAAGCUGUCAGAGUGUAGUCGUAAUGGAUCAGAAAGUCCUGUCAUUCUGACAAACGUGUUCCUAUCCUACCGUGUUCUCCUGCUUCGAAUGAGUGGGUCACAUUUGGGAUCCCUGUGGCCAAGUAUUCUCUCUGAUUCCAUACGUAUCCUCAACCUCCUGGAAGAUCUCUUAUGCAAUGGUCAUAGUGGGGAGAGUGCAUGGUUGCCAGCAUACCUUCAUUUGAUGAAGCUCUUGGACCUUGCAAUCUGUCUCCCAUCCACUUUUCUUCCUCAAUUCCAACUGUAUAAAUGGGUCUUUGUGGGAGGCUCCCCUAAGUCUGGCAUGAGGGAAUCCUGCCUCCUUCACCACAUCUCCUCACUUCUAUCACAGCAGAAGAUGUUUGAGAUACCUGAUGAGGGGAAUAGGCCCCUUCUGAAGGGAGUAAAGAGCAUCCAGUGUUUGGAAGAUCUCGAACCUUAUGUGCGACAUCUGGUAUCAGGACAGACAGCAGACCACCAUCUUCCCUUACAGGAGCUUCUUAAGACAGCUGAAAGUGACCUCGACUGUGAUUUCUCUGAAUGCAGCUGA